AUGCAGAUGGGUGUGACCUCCCUCCACGUGUUCUGUAUGAGACGCUCUCUGUGUGUGCAGGAGCUGGAGGACGUGUUCUCUGCGUGGCCCCGGCUGCUCCACGCGGACCUGAGAGGGAACCCGGUUUGCAAGAAACAGAAAUACAGAGACCGUCUGAUCACAGCGGGGAAGAGCCUGCAGGCUUUAGACGGGAGGGAAAUCAGCCAUCUGACCAGACAGUUCCUGACCAACUGGAAGGCAUCCAGAGAGGCCAAGAAGAAGAAACACGUGAUGAGCGGAGAGCUGAUCCCCUUAACCAACGACUUCAACGUGGGUCAGGGUCCUCACCCGGGGCAGACCUCCUUCAGACCGGAGACCCUGCAGCGCUGGAAGCCCCAGCAGCCGUCCCUCAG